AAGCCGAGAAGACCAGUAAAGUGCUGCCAGCCAACAAGCCACUCCCCACCUCGUGUCUGCAGCAUCGUGGGCGGUGAAUUGGAAUACCGACAUACCCGAUUUAGAUACCUAUCUAGGUGGAAAAAUAUUCGUUGAAUUUGCUCAGCCUGCUCUCCUUUACAUCAUACAUCCCGGGUAUAUCCUUUGCUAUAACCUCUGUCACCGCUACGCGCGGAGGUGAUCAACUACCUUGAUGCUCGAAAAUACACUGGAUAGAAAAUGCGGUUAACGCCUUACCCAUAUACUGCGCUCUUUUCCAUAGCUGCGACGACCUCUGCUCUUGCCGAACCUAUUCUCAACCCGCUCGGGUACAGCGCGAUCCAGCAUUUUAAUGCCAUCUUUCAGAGAGACGUGACCUGUCCCGCCAACUACUUCAGUUGCGAAGAUCGGGGUGCUGCUUUUGCAGGCACCUGUUGCGAGAAUGGCCAACUAUGCUCCUUAGAUGCGCAUAGCUCAGCAGCCUGCUGCCCUACAACAGCAACAUGUACUGGAGUAGCGCCUGCUAGUACAACUGCUUCUGUCUCCUACGUGAGCAACACAUACUUCACAUUCCCAUACAUACCAACAUCAUUUGCCAAUUCGGUCGCAUGCACAUCGGCUCUUAAUCAGUGUUCGAGCAAUUACCAGGCGUGCGUAUCGGACUUGGCGGGUACAGUGGGUGGGGGUUACGGGGUCACUAUUGUGGUUCCGGGAGGAGGUGGAACGACAAUCGCCGCCACACAAGGCACCGCGCUCCCUGCAGCAACGGCGACAUCAGUCUGUUCUAGUUUGUCGUCCGAGGCCUGCUAUAACCUACAGACAUCACAAUGCGCAUCUGCCGGCGCUACAGGUGGAUUUAUCGUUGGAAAUCAAGCGCCACGGCCUACUGCUGCUUGUAUCGCUGGCGUCAUUGCCGGGGUUGGUCUAGGACUCAUGGGCGCACGCAUAUGACGCCUUGGAGAUCUAGGUGUGGAUUGGACGAUGUAAUGAAUAGUUACGACCCUUUUUCUAAUUGUGUAUAAUUUGGCCAGCAAUUAUAGAUGUGUGUGUCUUCGGUAUAGGAUGGUUGGGGCUGUAUGUAGCACUGGGAUAAAGAAGGGUAUUCCACCAGGAGAUCAGGAAAAUUACCUAGGUACAUAAAGACGGGUUAUCAUCUAUGUGAUAAUUCUCAAGUGAUAAAAAAAGUUACGAAUUUAAAUAAGAAAUGACAUCUUGAAA